UAGACAGCAGAAAAACAGACUCUCAGCGUCAAGUCGGGACACUGGCGAACCGGCUAGGGAAACAGCCUAAAGUGACCGAGAGCGGGGCUGGAAAAUGGGCUGCAUUUAACCGACAGAGAGUCCUUUGAGCCAGCGGCAAAAAUUAACAAAGAAUAAGUUUUAUUCGCAUCAAGGAAGCGGAUGGGAAUUAUUCGGGAUUUGGGUUUUUUCUCCUCCUCAGCUGUGGUACCCUAAGGUCAGAUUACAAAGAGAAGAGAGGUCGGGCUCUGUUGGAGAUGGAUUUCUUCUUUGCAGAGGGAGCCCGUGUCUGGCUGAGACAUAAGGAGCAGCUCCUUCCCUCCACUGUCAGCUCUUGUGAUGACUUGUCCCUGGUUCUCACAUCUGACUACGGAAAGGUGAUCUGUCUACAGAGAGAGGAGCUGAACAGAGAUACGGUGAACCCAAUGCACCCCAGCAGCAUCAAUGGAGUGGAGGACAUGUCCACACUAGCAGAGCUGCAUGAAGCUGCCAUCAUGCACAACCUCUUCCUGCGCUACCAGAAAGACAACAUCUAUACCAACAUAGGUUCAAUAUUGGCAGCAGUAAAUCCUUACCAACGGAUAGCAGGUUUGUACGACUCCACUGCGGUCGACUUGUACAGCAAGCACCAGAUGGGGGAGCUGCCUCCUCACAUCUUUGCUGUGGCUAACGAGUGUUACCGCUGCCUGUGGAAAAGACAUGACAGUCAGUGUGUUCUCAUCAGCGGAGAGAGCGGUGCUGGGAAAACAGAGAGCACCAAGCUGCUGUUGAAGUUCCUCUCGGUGAUGAGUCAGAACUCGUCUGGUACUCCUCUGUCGGAGCGGACCACCCGGGUGGAGCAGGCACUCGUCCAGAGCAGCCCCAUCAUGGAAGCCUUUGGGAAUGCAAAGACCGUUUACAACAACAACUCCAGUCGCUUCGGGAAGUUCAUACAGCUCCACUUUUCACAGAACGGGAACAUUCAGGGAGGAUGCAUCAUUGAUUAUUUACUUGAAAAGAACCGCGUGGUCCGGCAAAAUCCAGGCGAGAGAAAUUACCACAUCUUCUACGCCCUACUGGCAGGAGCAGACAGAGACCACAGAGACAUGUAUCUUUUGUCUGAAGGUCCAGAGUCGUAUCACUACCUGAGCCAAGCAGGCUGUGUUCAGGACAGCAGCCUGGAUGACAAGCAGCUCUUUAACAGUGUGAUGGAGGCUCUAAAGGUGAUGGAAUUCAGUGAGGAGGAGAUCAGAGAUGUGUUCAAGUUGCUGUCUGCUGUCCUCCAGAUGGGAAACAUUGAAUUCAUGACUGCCGGCGGAGCUCAGAUCACUUCAAACGGAGUGGUCAGUAAUGUCAGCGAGCUGCUCGGUCUGGACUCUUUCCAGCUGUCAGAGGUGUUGACCCAACGCUCCAUGAUCCUGAGAGGAGAGGAGAUCUGCUCCCCCCUAACCGUGGAGCAGGCGGUGGACUCGCGGGACUCUGUCGCCAUGGCUCUUUAUUCUCAGUGUUUCUCCUGGAUCAUAAUGAGGAUCAACCAGAAGAUCAAAGGGAAAGACAACUUCAAAUCCAUCGGCAUCCUAGAUAUCUUUGGCUUUGAGAACUUUGAGGUGAACCGAUUCGAGCAGUUUAACAUCAACUACGCCAACGAGAAACUCCAGGAGUAUUUCAACAAGCACAUCUUCUCACUGGAGCAGCUGGAGUACAACAGGGAGGGGAUCCAGUGGGAAGCCAUAGACUGGAUGGAUAAUGCCGAGUGUCUGGAUCUCAUAGAGAAGAAACUGGGCAUGUUGGCUCUUAUCAACGAGGAGAGCCGCUUCCCCAAAGGCACGGACUACACCCUUCUGGAGAAAUUGCACAGCCGACAUGCAACAAACCCAUACUAUGUGAAGCCCAGAGUGACUGACCACCAGUUUGGCAUCAAGCACUAUGCAGGAGAGGUGCUGUAUGAUGUGCGGGGAAUCUUGGAGAAGAAUAGAGACACUUUCAGAGAUGACAUUUUGUUCAUCCUCAAAGACAGCAGGCUCGACUUCAUCUAUGACCUCUUUGAACGAGUUGGCAGCAGAAGUGGAGACGAGACUCUGAAGAUGGGGACAGCUCGUCGGAAACCCACCGUCAGCUCUCAGUUCAGGGACUCUCUCCAUUCCCUGAUGGCCACAUUGAGUGCCUCUAAUCCUUUUUUUGUACGCUGCAUCAAACCAAACAUGGACAAGAAGGCUAAUCAGUUCGACCCAGAUGUCGUGUUGAACCAGCUGCGAUAUUCUGGGAUGCUGGAAACUGUAAAGAUUCGAAAGGCUGGAUUCCCCGUCCGCAGAACAUUUAAAGACUUUUUCAGCAGGUACAAAAUGAUCCACAAAAACAAAACCCUCUCGGCAGAAGAGAAGUCUUGCUGUUUGGAAAUACUCAACCUUCAUGAUAACACCAAGAAAGAGUGGCAGCUGGGGAAGACAAAGGUGUUCUUGAAGGAGGCGCUGGAGCAGAGGCUGGAGAAGGAGAGGGAAGAGGUGCGGCGCAGGGCUGGCAUGGUAAUCCGCGCCCACAUCCUCAGCUAUGUGGCAAGGAAACAAUACAAGAGGGUCCUGUACAGCGUUGUUACCAUCCAGAAGAACUACCGUGCUCACUUUUGGAGACGCGCUUUCCUGCGCCUGCGCUUGGCUGCCGUUGUCCUGCAAAAACACCGCAGGGGACAACUCGCUCGGUCCGUCUGCCACAAACUUAGGGAGGAAAAGCGGAGGCGGGAGGAAGAGGAGAAGAAAAGGAGAGAAGAGGAAGAGGAGAGGAGGCGUUUAGAGGAGGAGAGGAAAAGGAUGGAGGAGGAAGAGAGACAGAAAGAAGAGGAGAGACGAAAGGAGGAAGAGGAGAGCAAAAGGAGGGCAGAGGAGGAGGAGCAGAGACUGAUGAAGGAGAAAGAACAGCAGAAAUUGGCAGCUAAAGGGGAUACAACAAGGAACUCCCUGAACGGUGCUUGCCCUAAGCAGGAUCUCACCCAGACUCCGUCCUACAACCACACCUCUGAGGAGGAGAGCCGCCAGAUGGAGGAGAUCCUGCGUCUUGAGAGGGAGAUCGAGCGUCUGCAGAAGCAGCAGGAGGAUGGCGUGUCGCUCCUCGGGGACGUUUCCCACGAGGAACUGCGUCAGAUGAGGGACGCUGAGAUCUACAGGCUGGAGAAGGAGGCGUCUCGCGUGGCAACAGAGUUCCUGGAGCUGCUGGACUUUGGAGGGCUAGAGCCAUCGCUCUCAAGUGAGGAAAAUCUCCACGAAGUGAAUGAAUCGGCAGCUCCUUUGGCUGAGGAGGAAGUGGACGAGGGUUUCCCCACGGAGGACGAAUGUGUUCCUUUGCCGGACUUUCCUCCCCCAGCUGCAGUUCCUCUUGAUACGGACGUGUUUCAGAGUAUUCCUCCUCCUCCCCCUGCCUUUGCAGAAGGACUCAUGGUGUCCUCAUCCUCAGGUCCUCACUCUGCACCAGAAAAACUCCCCCCUACCCCCUCUAAUGGACUUAAUCAUACCCCCAUUGUUACAGUCUCACAAACCCGUCCCCCUCCUCCUUGUCCUCUUAUAGUGACUAAUGGAGAAAAGCAGCCAUGCCAGAGAACUACCAGGAAUUUGGAUUUUGUGCCUUUGAACAAUGUGCCAUCGCAGUCAAACCUGCCAGACGCAGAGUCAGACUAUGAUCAGGAGGAGUUUGAGGAGGUCCACGGGAGCUCAGGUGCUAGUAUCAACGAUGGCCAUAUCACCGACGAGGAGGUGUUACGAGAAUCCUCCUGCACCCAAAACAGUCUGGAUUCUUUCAGAGGCAGCUCAGACUCAUUCAUUGACAGUGACGAGGAGAAUGACGGCUACGUGGACACAGAUGAGGAGAUUUCUAAUGGGAGAGUGAGUUUGCUGAAUGGCAGUGGGCCUCCAUAUUUCCAUGGCUACCUCUACAUGAAGGGUGGACUCAUGAUCCCAUGGCGUCGCCGCUGGUGUGUCCUCAAAGACGAGACCUUCAUGUGGUUCCGGGCCAAACAAGAUUCCCUCAAAUCUGGCUGGCUUUACAAAAAAGGCGGAGGGAUGUCCACUUUGUCUCGGCGCAACUGGAAGAUGCGAUGGUUUGUCCUGCGUGAGGCAAAACUCAUGUACUUCGAGAACGACAGCGAAGAGAAGCUGAAAGGAACGAUAGACAUCCGUGCAGCCAAGGAGAUUGUGGACAACCAUGAGAAGGAAAAUGCUCUGAAUAUUGUCACGGAGGAGAGGACUUAUCAGAUCUAUGCCGAGUCCCCCGAAGAUGCCAGUGGUUGGUUCAAUGUGCUGAGUCGGGUCCACAGCGCCAGCCCGGAGCAGCUCCUGGAGAUGCACCACGAACAGGCCAACCCAAAGAAUGCUGUGGGUACAUUAGAUGUGGGUUUGAUUGAUUCUGUUUGUGCAUCAGACAACCCAGACAGACCAAACUCCUUUGUGAUCAUCACGGCCAACAGAGUCAUCCACUGCAACACAGACACGCCUGAAGAGAUGCACCACUGGAUUGGUCUGCUGCAAAAAUCUAAGGGAGAUACAAAAGUCGAUGGGCAGGAGUUCCUAGUCAGAGGCUGGCUGCAUAAAGAAAUGAAGUCAGGAGCAAAGAGUACCUCUCUGAAGCUGAAGAAGCGCUGGUUUGUUCUCACCACAAACUCCCUUGACUAUUACAAGUCAUCAGAGCGCAACACAACUAAACUGGGAACACUGGUCUUGAACAGCCUCUGUUCUGUGGUGCAACCAGAUGAGAAAGUCUUCAAGGACUCUGGUUACUGGAAUAUCAUUGUUUAUGGGCGUAAACACUCUUACCGACUUUAUACUAAAAUGCUGAAUGAAGCCAUGCGGUGGGCAAACGCCAUACAGGGAGUGAUAGAUAACAAAGUUCCCAUCGAAACACCAACUCAGCAACUCAUCAGGGACAUCAAGGAGAGUAGUUUAAAUGUGGAGGCUGUGGAGCAGACGUACUGGCGGAACCCCAUCCUGAGAUAUACCCAGCAUCCUUUGCACUCCCCCCUUCUACCUCUACCUUAUGGAGAUGUCAGCGUCCACUUGCAAAAGGAAAAAGGUUACACGAGCCUGCAGGACGAAGCCGUGAAGAUUUUUAACUCACUGCAGGAGAUGGAGGCCGUGUCAGACCCGGUGCCAAUCAUUCAGGGAAUCCUGCAAACCUGCCAAGACUUGAGGCCGUUACGAGAUGAAGUUUACUGUCAGCUGAUCAAACAGACCAAUCACGUCCCGCACCCCAACAGUCCCGCCAACCGAGCCCACUGGCAUCUCCUGACCUGCAUGAGCUGCACCUUCCUGCCCAGCCGAGGAAUCUUGCGCUACCUCAAGUUUCACCUGAAAAGGAUUAAGGAGUUGUUUCCUGGGACAGAAAUUGAAAUGUUUGCCCAUUUUAUCGGGGAGUCUCUGAAGAAGACAAAGGCGAGAGAGUUUGUUCCAUCCCAGGAGGAGAUCGUGGCACUUCUUACCAGGCAGGAAAUGACCACCACAGUCUACUGCCAUGGAGGAGGCUCCUGCAAGAUCUCCAUCAACUCUCACACCACCGCUGGAGAGGUGGUGGAGAAGCUGAUCAGAGGUCUGGCUAUGGAGGACAGCAGAAACAUGUUUGCACUCUUUGAGCACAACAAUACUGUGGACAAAGCUGUGGAAAGCAGGGUGCUCGUGGCUGAUGUUCUGGCUAAAUUUGAAAGACUGGCUGGCAGUGAGGAAGCUCGGGAUGAGGGCCAGUGGAGGCUGUAUUUUAAGCUCUACUGUUUCUUGGAUGUCGAAAGCAUGCCAAAGGAAGGAGUGGAGUUUGCGUUCAUGUUUGAGCAGGCCCAUGAGAGUUUGACUCGUGGCCACUUUCCUGCUCGUGAAGAGACACUGCAACACCUCGCUGCUCUGCGCCUGCAGUUCCUGUUCGGAGACAAAACCCGGAUCGCAUGGAACCUGGAGAACGUUUACCCUGUGGGUCGCCUGCGCAACCGCAUCCUGCAGUUCACCAAGGCGGGUGGAGCCUCCGGGUCGGGCCAGACUCUGGAGCGAAGGAGGACCAGCUUCCUGGACGGCACGCUGCGGCGUGGACUGAAGACGGGCUCCAUGAAGAAGCAACGCCUGGAGGAGGAGCAGAUGCUGGAGAUGUGGAUAAAGGAGGAGAUGUCUGCCACCAGGGCAAGCAUUGUGGAGAAGUGGUCCCACAUCAAGGGUCUGGAUCAGCACCAGGCCAUGCUCAAAUACAUGAGCAUAAUAAAGGAAUGGCCGGGAUAUGGAUCCACACUGUUUGAUGUGGAGUGUAAAGAAGGAGGAUUCCCACAUGACCUCUGGUUGAGUGUGAGCGCCGAGAAUGUGUCCGUCUACAAGAGAGGCGAGCCAAAGCCUCUGGAGACGUUCCCGUACGAGCACAUUGUCUUCUUUGGGGCUCCACAGCCCUGCACCUACAAGAUCACUGUGGAUGAGAGGGAAAUGUUUUUCGAGACACCAGAGGUCGGAGAGAUCACGAAGAUCAUGAAAGCAUACAUAAACAUGAUCGUGAAGAAGCGCUGCAGUGUCAAAUCUGUGUCCAGUUAUGGAACCAACUGGAUCCGGUGAUCUACUGGAGACCGACACCAUACCCACUCAGCUGCCUAAAUGGCACAGAGAAAAGGUCGAGAUGAGAGAAGAGGAACCACCUGCGAUUUUGCUACAAAGAUUUUGAGUUGACAUCAACACACUCCAUUUAGAAAUUCCCCCAAUAAUACCCAAACAUGAUACUUCUCCUACCUUUUUGGGCAGAGAUUCUGAAUGUUUAUCCCGAUGGACCUUCAAGAUCUUCCAUGUAAUCUCCAAAGAGUUACACUGGUCAUUUCACUUUUUUUUAUUUUUUAAACUGAAAUCAGGCAUAUUCGUCAUGGAUUUUAUUUAAACAUUUUGAACUCUUUGAGUAUAAUUUGAAACACCUCCACAUCUAAAUUACCAAAUCAAAACAUUUCACACAACUUAUGUGGCAUAUGCACACUGACAGAGUUAGCACCUUUAUUUAUUAGAUUGGUGUUUUAUUUUUCAAGAGUUCUUGGCCCCUUUUCUAAUGAAUGUUCUCCAGAAUGGAGAUCCCCUCAGGGUAUUUAUUAAGUCCCCUCAUUCUGCCUUACUUAACAGCAUAAAUGUGGCCUUGCAGAAGCAAAAUAUAAACUGGUUUGUGAUUAUUUACACAUGUGAGGCAAAACCAAUAUGCUAACAGGUUAAAAAAGAACUAAAACUGAUCAAACAUGAUGUUAGUAGAUACACCAAUUAAAAGCCUAAAACCCUUUUGUUCUACCAAGACUGAAAAUUACAAAGUAGCAUAAUAUGUGUGCUUCUGUUCCAGAAGAACAAAUGUGAGCUGAAUGUAUGUUUAAAAACAGCCAAAAUGUGUGUUAUAGAAUGAAAGCAUGACAUUUCAUUGCAUUUGUGAGCAUAGUUUGCUUGUGUGUUUUUGCCUUUUGUCAGCAAUCAAGUGAGGGUGUGGUAUUUAUUUAUUGAAAACACUCAAUGGAUUUGAGAGACAAGAAAGCUAAAUGCGCUCGUAAUGAAUUGUUAGUCUAAUUUGUGCUUGUAUGGACACGGAAAGUGAUGCUGAAAUGGACCAGACGAAUUGUCUCCAUUUUGUUUCUGGGCUUCUCUGACUGUUAAAUUUGUAUUAUUAAGUCAAUGCCAACCAAUCUGCAGUAUAGUUCAUGGUUAGAGUAAUAUAAUGUCGACAUAAUGAGCUUAGUAUUUACCUCACAUUAGAUGACUGUCCUCCAUUACACCACGAUCAUUUUCACCAACAGUGGACACUUUGGUCAGCUGCCGGCAGCCACACCAGAGAGUGAGCCACCUUGCCGUUGAUUACGACUGUAUUUUUGAGACUUCUGAUUGUUUUGAUGAGGCAAAAAACCCUGAAAAUGUUUUAUAUAAGAAUUUAAAAAUGCUUUAAUAAAUUAUUGUAUUUGAAAUA